GUCUCCACUCUGAUCUCUACACUAAAGCAAUAUAUAUGAGAAAAAAAACACGAAUACUUCUGUAUGAUUUGAUUUUAUCCUCACGCGUGCCACAGCAGACUAUUUAUACAGUUUAUUUUAUAUUAUUUUUGUGGCGUCGUGAAGAACGUGAUGGAGGCAGUGUGGGGGAGGGGAGAGAAAGAGCAUCAUCUAUUCUCAUGCAGCGCUGCGGAGCGCAGAGCUCGCGUCUGAUUGGCUGAAACACUGCGACUCGAGGAGGGAUCCCAUCUCACUGUUCUGAGUUGUCUCAUCCCGGGGUGAAUCCUCUGAAUGUAGGUGUUGAGAUUUCUACAUCUUCCUUUGCAUCUAAAGCCAUGAACUACCUUCGCAGGCGCCUUUCGGACAGCACCUUCAUCUCCAACCUGCCCAAUGGCUACAUGUCAGACCUGCAGAAGCCAGAUCCCCCUCAGCCUCCCCCUCCAGGGCCAGCAUCAGCACCAGCUGCGGUUUCCCCGGCCCAGGAGAGGAAACCUAUCCAGCCCCAGCCAUUAGGAACCGGAUUCUUCAGCUCCAUCACCAAUGUGGUGAAGCAGACAGCUGCCUCAGCAGGGCUGGUGGAGCAAAUCACUGUUCCUGCAUCGUCAAAGAGACACAAGAUCCUUCUGGUCAUCGACGAACCACAACACGACUGGUCUUCGAUUUAG